UCUGACAUUUGUCAUCAUUUUUGCCCCUUUUGGUUAGGAGCUGGUUUUGCCCCAAAAUUGUUUUAAUGUUUGGGAUUCAGGAAAAUAUACCACGAGGUGGGACGACCAUGAAAGAAGAACCGCUGGGCAGUGGAAUGAACCCAGUCCGUUCAUGGAUGCAUACCGCUGGGGUAGUGGAUGCUAACACAGCCGCCCAAAGCGGUGUGGGGUUGGCUCGGGCACAUUUCGAGAAACAGCCGCCUUCCAAUCUCAGAAAAUCCAAUUUUUUCCACUUCGUCUUAGCUCUGUACGACAGGCAGGGACAGCCAGUGGAGAUUGAAAGGACAGCUUUUGUGGACUUUGUGGAAAAAGAGAAAGAGCCAAACAAUGAAAAAACUAACAAUGGAAUUCACUAUAAACUCCAGCUAUUGUACAGUAAUGGAGUUAGAACGGAACAGGAUUUGUACGUUCGGCUAAUAGAUUCAAUGACCAAACAGGCGAUUGUCUACGAAGGGCAAGACAAAAACCCCGAAAUGUGUCGAGUGCUUCUGACCCACGAAAUCAUGUGCAGCCGGUGUUGUGACAAGAAAAGUUGUGGCAACAGAAAUGAAACACCUUCAGACCCUGUUAUCAUUGACAGAUUUUUUCUAAAGUUUUUCCUCAAGUGCAAUCAAAACUGUUUGAAGAAUGCAGGAAACCCACGAGAUAUGCGACGAUUCCAGGUUGUUGUAUCAACGACAGUCAAUGUGGAUGGCCACGUUCUGGCUGUCUCAGACAACAUGUUUGUACACAACAACUCCAAACAUGGAAGGCGAGCUCGCCGCCUUGACCCCUCAGAAGCCACACCUUGUAUAAAGGCCAUCAGUCCCAGUGAAGGAUGGACAACUGGUGGAGCCACAGUUAUCAUAAUCGGCGACAACUUCUUUGAUGGGUUGCAAGUUGUUUUUGGAACUAUGUUGGUGUGGAGUGAGCUGAUAACACCCCAUGCCAUCAGAGUUCAAACGCCACCACGGCACAUUCCUGGAGUUGUUGAAGUAACACUCUCCUACAAAUCCAAACAGUUCUGUAAAGGUGCUCCAGGACGGUUUGUCUAUACCGCCCUUAACGAACCAACAAUAGAUUAUGGAUUCCAGAGGUUGCAGAAAGUCAUUCCACGGCAUCCAGGUGAUCCUGAACGGUUACCGAAGGAAGUAUUACUUAAAAGAGCAGCUGACCUUGUCGAAGCCCUAUAUGGCAUGCCCCACAACAACCAGGAAAUAAUCCUGAAACGAGCAGCAGAUAUUGCAGAAGCAUUAUACAGUGUGCCACGCAAUCACAAUCAGAUUCCUACACUUGCCAACACUCCAGCUCAUACUGGCAUGAUGGGAGUAAACUCAUUUAGCAGCCAGCUAGCGGUUAAUGUUUCAGAAACAUCACAAGCUAAUGACCAAGUAGGUUACAGUCGCAACACAAGCAGUGUUUCCCCGCGAGGAUAUGUUCCGAGCAGUACUCCUCAGCAGUCCAAUUACAACACAGUCAGCAAUAGCAUGAAUGGAUAUGGCAAUGCAGGCAUGCCCAAUCUUGGUGUACCUGGUUCCCCUGGAUUUCUUAAUGGCUCCUCAGCUAACUCCCCUUAUGGCAUAGUGCCGUCAAGCCCUACCAUGGCAGCCUCUUCGGUCACCCUCCCUUCAAACUGUAGCAGUACACACGGCAUUUUCUCAUUCUCACCUGCCAAUGUCAUCUCUGCAGUGAAACAAAAGAGCGCCUUUGCUCCUGUUGUCAGGCCCCAAGCUUCUCCUCCACCAUCUUGCACCAGUGCAAAUGGAAAUGGACUUCAAGCUAUGUCUGGGCUUGUAGUCCCGCCAAUGUAAAUUCAUUUUUGUUUACCUACUGUAGCACCAAGCUUCAGAAGAUGAGCUUUUUAGGGGACAAAUUUAGUAUAUAAGACAUGCUGAUGGAACCAGUAUCUUCAAAAUACAAUCAGCAAAACAUUGAAAUGCUACAAAAAAAACUUUGUUUAAAGAUUUUAUUUAAACUACUAAGAAUCAACAUGCAAACAAUCGAUUUCUUCAUGAACAAUUCCAUUUUAUUGACUGAACUUCUCUCAUAUUUUCACAUUUCCUGGUCCUGAAGAAUAAGGAAAAAGCGACGCCUAUUUUGUAUAAAGUUUCUGAUUACGUCUUGGCUAUGUCUAGUACUUGCUAUGUGUCGGGAAAAACUUUGUGGAUGCACCAUUUUGAUUAUCAUGAAACACUGAUGAAAAACGCCUCCAAAACAUUUUUCUGUACUCAUAACUAGAUUCACAAUGGUUGUGUAUCUCUAUAAUGUGAAAUAUUUUUUUGUGGUGAAAAAAGGGGGCCAAGGAGGUAUGAGCCAUCAAAACUGGAAAAAAAAUGGAUGAAUAUAUGAUUUGGGAUAAUUUUG